AUGAACGGUGACGGCUUCCCCCGAGCUGCCUAUAUGGACAAGGUGUGCGAUCAGGACACCAGCACGCCCUCCCCUCUCUCCAGCCGGGGCGAUGAGCUGGGAUCUGACGGAGACUUCGUAGCCAACAGUCCUACACCGGUCCUGUGCCCCCGGGACUCCGAGAUGGACACCGACACCGGGAGCCUGGGGGGAGACGAGGAGGAGGAGGAAGAAGAGGUGAGACCUGGGUCGGAGAGGGACGAGGAGGGCGCAGAUGGGGCUGUAGGCUGCAGAACCCAAUCAGCUGAAGGUGGCAAAGCCAAGACUUACACCCGGCGCCCCAAGCCGCCCUACUCCUACAUUGCCUUAAUAGCCAUGGCCAUCAGAGACUCUGCCACCGGUCGCCUCACCCUUGCUGAGAUCAAUGACUACCUGAUGAAGAAGUUCCCGUUCUUCAGAGGCCAGUACACCGGCUGGAGAAACUCCGUCAGGCACAACCUGUCCCUCAAUGACUGUUUUGUCAAAGUCCUCAGAGACCCAUCUCGGCCAUGGGGUAAGGACAACUACUGGAUGCUAAAUCCUAACAGCGAAUACACCUUUGCAGAUGGGGUGUUCAGGCGCAGAAGGAAGAGGCUAAACAGGGUCACCAAGUGCCUUAAAGACCAGGAGCUCCAAGGGCUUCCUGAGCAUCAUCAGCACCACUCAUUGAGUCCAUCAGCAGCAGCAAACCAUGGACCAGUGGCAUCAUCUAGCAUGCUAGUCCUACCACCUUCCUCACCAUCCUCUUCCUCUGUCCAUCCAUCUUCCAGCAUCAACCAGUCCACCAAGGACACCAGUUUGGGGACCAAAUUCUCCAGUUCAUUCGCUAUUGACACCAUCUUGAGUAAGCCCUUCCGGAAACGGGAGACAUCAGAGCUGGACACCAAGUCUACAAGUGGGAAGCUGAUGUGGCCAACAGGUGCACUGCUUCAUUCUUCUGCUUCAGUUCCUUCUUACCCAUUCCUCUCCUAUUCUCCAUCAUCUGCCCUGCCUCACCCAUCAGCCUUGUUCCCCCUUAGCCAUUUAAGCAAUGGCUCAUCAUUGCACUUACAACUCUAUAGGUAUUGUAUGCCUGAAGCUCUAUUGCUGCUAAUGGAUCCUAGAAGUGAAGGACAGCAGUUGCCUGCUGAACCCAGAGAAGAUCAGCAGCAUAGCCACCGUGCCCCAUCACUUCACCCCCAUCUAAUGGCACCCCCUAGUUCCUCCAAGACCUAUUCAGAACACCUGGGGAACAAUGAGAUCCUGUGCACCAUGCGUUCCCCUGGACCUUACCUCCCCUACCGGCCAGAGACAUUGUUAGCCUGA